UCUCCUCCACCACCACCACCGUCGCCUGCCGCCGUCUUCUCCAAUAUCCCUUUUACUUUAAAAACCCCCCCCAACGCCCACCCUUCUCAAUUAUAAUAUUCCCCUUGAAGAAAGAAACUGAAAACCCUUCCCCUCCCGCCGCCGUCCACCCAACCCUCCAUAGAAAAAAAAUCUCAAGCUCUUUGUCUUUGUCUUUCUCCAACUCCUUCUCUUAUCCCCAUCUUCCCAUUUCUUUAUUGCUCGAAAACCCAUUAUCAAUUAUUAAUUAAUCCAACCGAAUUUCAAUUUCCCCACCUGCUCAAAAUAACGAGCAGCUCGUUGGUUUUAGCUUUCCGCUCUCUUCCCCACCGGCGAUGCCUACGCCGGUGAGUACAGCCAGGCAAUGCUUGACUCCCGAAGCCGCCCACGCGCUCGACGAGGCGGUACGGGUAGCCAAGAAGAGGCGCCACAGCCAGACGACGUCGCUUCAUGCCGUCUCCGCACUUCUGUCCCAUCCUUCCUCCGUCCUCCGCGACGCCUGCUCACGCGCCAGGAACAACGCGUACUCCCCACGCCUCCAAUUCAAGGCGCUCGACCUCUGCCUGGGGGUUUCCCUCGACCGUGUUCCCUCAUCUGCCGCCGCCGCGGCCGGCGGCGAUGAUGGAGACGAGGCUUCCCCGCCGGUGUCGAAUUCGCUCAUGGCGGCGAUCAAGCGGUCCCAGGCGAACCAGAGGCGGCAGCCGGAGAAUUUCCAUUUGUACCACCACCACAACCAGGUUUCCUCUCAGCAGAUGAAUAAUCAGUCGACUUCUUCUUCUUCUUCUUCGAUUUCGUGCAUCAAGGUGGAUCUCAGGAACUUGAUUAUGUCCAUAUUGGACGACCCGGUGGUGAGUCGGGUCUUCUCCGAUGCCGGGUUCCGGAGCCCCGACAUCAAGCUGGCCGUGUUCAGGCCCCUUACCGUCCUCCCUCCUUUCCACUUCAGACCGCCGCCGCCCGCCGCGGCGUAUUCGGAUCCGGGUCCGGGUCGGAGGGGUUUCAGUUUCCCGUUCCCUGGGUUUUCCGGGUUCUUCAGCGGCGGCGGGAGCGAGAACUUCCGGAGGAUCGGGGAAGUUCUCGGGAAAAGCAAGGGGAGGAAUCCUCUGCUUCUCGGCGUAUGCGCUUGCGAUACACUCGCCAGCUUCAUCGAGUUACUGGAGAAGAAGAUUAGAGAUAAGAACGACAAUAGCAGCGGCGGCAUCUUGCCCUCUGAAUUAUCCGGGUUAGCCGUGAUUCGGUUGGAGACCGAGAUCUCCCAAUUUCUCAAUCGAAAUUCCGAUAAGGAAGCCGUCGAUUCGAGGUUCGAGGAAGUGGGUCGGUCGCUGGACCGAAAUUCCGGACCCGGGUUGGUUCUCAAUUUUGGAGAUUUGAAGCCGUUUGUGAAGGUCGACGAAGAAGAAGAAGGAUCUGAUGGAAGAGUGAGUUAUAUCGUUGAGAAAUUGACGAGCAGCUUGUCGCGGGAUAAUAGUAAGCUGUGGUUGAUUGGGGCGGCAGCGAGCUACGAGACAUAUUCCAAGUUCGUGGCGAGGUUCCCUUCGGUUGUAAAAGAGUGGGAUUUGCAGCUUUUGCCUAUAACUACAUCUUCUUCCAUGGCUGCUGAAUCCUCCUAUCCUAAGUCCAGUUUGAUGGAGUCAUUCAUUCCAUUUGGUGGCUUCUUUCCAACACCAGCGGAUUUCAAGGUUCCCUUAGGCAGCAGUCCUUACCACUAUAUGGCGACGCUCUCUCAUCCUUGCGAUGGGCAAGAGAUUGUUGCUGUUUCGAAAGAAGCAUCAUCAGUUCCCUCGGUGCCAGAUCAGUAUCAAUCUGGCCAACGUUCAUGGUUGCAGACUGCUGAAAUUGGCACAGCAAAGGAGGGAAUGUUUAUGAAGAUAGUGAGAAGUGAAUCCGCUAGUUGCCGUCUCCCUCUCAGUCCUGCUGAUGCUAGCAAUAACUGGAGGAUCACACCGAAACAAUGUGAAAAGCCUUUGAAUGAAGAUUCAGGCGGCGCUCUCAGAUCUCCUCAUAGUUUAUUGUCUAAUUCAAGCAUGUGUUAUGGAAGUCAGGCAUCUCCUGCUUCUUUGACUACAGAUCUUGGACUUCGUUUGAGCUCCCCUCCUGCUGCCACUGGUGAGCCCAUUAAUCUCAAGGAUCUUUGUCGGGAUCUCUCAGAAAGAGUCGGCUGGCAAAAUGAUGAUGCAAUAUUCACCAUCUGCCAAACCAUAUCCGAGUUCAGGGCUAGAGAUGGGAAACCAGAGGGAGGUAGACUGAGGGGCAAGAACAUAUGGUUCAGUUUUCUUGGACCUGACUGGCAUCGUAAGAGGAAAGUUGCAACUGCAGUUGCCGAGAUGAUUUAUGGGAGCAAAGAAAACUUAGUGUAUGCAAACUUGAACCCUCAAGAUGGUAACAAUGGUUCGAUGCUGAGGGGGAAAACCGUGGUGGAUUAUGUUGCUGGGGAGCUCUGUAAGAGGCCCGUAUCCGUUGUGUUACUUGAGAACGUCGACAAAGCUGAUGUUCAGGUUCAGAGCAGCUUGUCUCGUGCCAUUCAAAGAGGGAGGUUCUCCGAUUCACAUGGGAGAGAAGUUCCCAUCAAUAAUGCAAUCAUCAUUACAACUUCAAACGUCAAGGAUGACAGCACUAGGAGAGAUUUGAGUACAUAUCGCGAGGACAGGGUUCUGAAAGCUAAGGGCUGGCCGCUGCUGAUAUCGAUUGAGAAGAAACAACUUGGGCGGGAGCUGAGUCUGUCAGUGACUAGCGAUGGCAGUUCUUCAAGCUCAUCGGCAUUCUUGAAUAAAAGGAAACGUGCAGAUGACAAUGCAUCAGCCAGGAAAGGCCUGGACUUGAACCUUCUUCCAGACCAAGAAAACGAUGACCUGUUAGACAACGAAGGCGAGCACUUGGACAGUGAUGAUUUUGCAUGUGAUGAUCAUUCUUCCAGGGCUUGGUUACAGGGAUUCUUCGGUCAGGUCGAUAGAGUAGUGAUGUUCAAGUCUUUCGACUUCAAUGCACUCGCCACCCGAAUCUCAAAUGAAAUGAACAAGUGCUUCCACAAAUUUGUGACGCCUGAAUGUGAUCUGGAAAUUGAUCAAAGGGUCAUGGAGCAGCUGCUAGCUGCGGAGUACUUAUCAGAUAAGAAGAGGACGGUGGAGGAUUGGAUAGCGCAGGUUCUGGGACGGAAAUUUGAGGAAGUCAGGAGGAAGCAUGGUGAACUGGGUUGUGAUUACAUUGUGAAACUUGCUGCCCUUGAAGAAAGAUCGGAUGUGGAAGAGCUCAAUCCAAGAGGUUGCCUUCCUCCACAAGUUAUUAUCAACUGA